GAUGAAUCUCCCCAGUAACACUCAAACCACGCUCAUUUUUGACACACUGUACCUCAGGGUUUAUAAAGACAGUUAAUUAGAGGGUGACUCGCUCUGCUGAUCUGUUGGAAUUUGAGAUAAUGCCCAACAAAGCCCAAGAGGAUGCUGUAAUUAACCUGAAGACGCUGCAGGAGAUUUCCACCCAGCUUGGUUUUGAGUGGACAGUUUUGGCGUAUGAGCUCGGCUUCAACAGAACUGAGGUUGGGCGGUUCCACACCAAAUCUACAGAGAAGAGUGUCCAGGCCAGGACCAUGUUGGAAAGCUGGUAUGAAAAGUCAUGGGACAAGCCCAAUAAGACCAAGCUGCUGCAGGAUGGACUGGAGCGAGCAGGCAGACGGGACCUGGCUGAGAGGCUGCGAUGCCUCCACUGGGGCCACCAGAAGCUGAGCCAGAGGGUGGAGCUGCCCUCCGCCUUCCCUUUCCUCAUCACAGUGCACAAGACCAUCCGCAACCAAGAGGCACUGCGCAGGAUCAACGACCUCAACCGUAGAUACACUUAAAGCUGAGUGAAAAUGCAGCUAUGGCUACACUUUUUUUUACUUUACAAAAAUAUUGUACUGUGCACUGCAAGUAGUCUGAAAUUAAUGUAAUUAUACUGAUGUCACUGAACAAACAAAUGAGAAGCAUGAGAUAUGUAGUUAUGCCACUUUUUGUCUUGCAAGAAAUUCAAACGUUGCAAUAAAGAUGAAAAGCUCAUUUUUAGGACUCAUUUUCAGUUGUGUUUAUCUUAUUAAAAUGCCAUGUUUGACAUCAAAAUCAAAUAAAAAAAAUCUAAUUGCUUCUUUUGUCUGAGAUACAGCACAAAAUUAUCAUUAGUAGUAGUAGUAGCAGUAGUAGUGUACAAUGGGUUUAUUUAACUGUAAUAGUAUUUGAAAGUAGGUUAAGUAAAUUUUUGGUAUUUCAGGGUUACUGAGCAGGAAUGUUGGUCAGACAUCACAAGGAUGAUUUAUUCCAUAUGACAUGUGUCCUUGUGUUUGGCUGUUUUGGCACACAGUGCUCUGUGAUGUCUACCAGAGGGGAGAAUCUGAAAUGGUUUGGUUUUGGCUACAGAAAUCUGGUAGCCUAUUUAUUUUAUUUUUAUGUAUCCUUUAUUUAUCCAGGAGGGUCUCAUCAAGAUAAAAGAUGUUGUCAUUCAGGAAAUCCUAGUCAAGACGGCAGCAUCAGCAGUUUCACAUAAAAGUUUCACAUACAAAACACAAAAGCAACGCAUGAGAAAUAGUAGAAGAAGAGGCCGUACCAGGGAUACCCAUAACACAUUCCACCUAAGUCAGGGAUUAUGUAGAACAGCAAUAUGUUUCCCUGUGGGCACUUUGUAUAAGACCUUUAAAGGUAAUGGUAUUUUGCAGCUCAUUUCAUGCCCAUGUUGUAUAAAAAGAGAAAGAAACCAGGCUCUGAGUGCACCUUGAUAGCCCAUUCCAGGUGUGUUGCCAGGCCCGGCACCAUGAGGGGUCAUAAGGGGGCUGAGUCCCCUCAGUUGUAUUUUCUGCCACCCCCAUUUAAGCUUUAUGUAUCUAUGGCAAAAUAGCAAAAACAACCAAACUACUGGCCAAGAUACAUUUGCAUGUUGCUUAGCUGUAGGUGAGGUACCCUGUCCAUCGUCCUGAAACAGAGCAGAGGAAAUCAGUUGACAGACAGACAGAACAUGUUACUUA